UUGUUUUAACUGAUUCAUUCAGAUGCGGAUUCACUUGAGAUGAAAGACAGUGAAGAAGAGUUUAUGUUCAAAGGGAAAGGAAAAGGAAAAAGAAAAGGAAAGCAACCUGCUAAGAAACAUCUUCAAGUAGCUGACGAUGACUUAUCUGAAAARGAUAGUGAAGAUUUGCCUYCACUUGAUGCCAUUCUUUCUGAGAAGAAACAAGAAAAAGAUCAAUUUAAGAAGGAGGYUAAAGAGGAACAAGUCUCUUCAUCCCCAGGCAGUACGCCAAGAAGAAAGAGAGGAAARACUAAGACAGAUGAUGAAACACCAUCAAAGAAACRRAAGGAAGAUAAUGAUGAUACGCCAAAGCAGCGUUCUUCWAUWAGAGAGCGUAGACAACCCAUGCCAAGAAUAAUGUUCACAGGUGUCAUUGAUAAAGAAGCUGAAAAGAUUGUUACAAGUCUUGGGGGAACUAUGGAGGAAUCAAUUCACAACUGUACCCACUUAAUAACUGAUAAGGUAAGGAGAACUGUGAAAUUUCUAUGUGGUCUUGCAAGUGGCUGUAUAAUAGCACUACCAACAUGGCUGACAGCAUCCAAAAAAAGCAAGAAGUUUAUAGAUCAUGAACCAUAUUUUGUCCAAGACAAGGCAGCAGAAAAAAUGUAUUCSUUCUCACUACAGCUGUCACAUGAACAAGCCUUAAAGAAAGGUCUCCUUGAAGGGUAUAAAGUACAUGUCACAAAGAAUGUWAAACCAGAACCACAACAAAUGAAAGAUAUAAUUCAGUGUGCAAAAGGAGAGUUCCUUACUCGCAUGCCACGCACCAAAGAAGACAACAUAUUAGUCAUCUCAUGUGAUGCUGACMAUGAUGCAUGUAAACCUGCAUUAGCUAGUGGGAUCCCUGUCUACUCUGCUGAAUUGUUACUGACUGGGAUUCUAAGACAAGAUCUCUCACUUGAUCAGAAUCUAUUGUUUGUUGAGAAUGAAGGAAAAACUUCUGGCAGCACAACUAGAAAAAGAAGAAAYGAAUCUAGUGUCAGUGAAUCAAGCCAAUCAUCAAGUAGGUCAUCAAAACACAAGAAGAAGUGAAAAAGCAACUGAGGUACAAUACAACUCAAAUUCUGGUAUUAUUUCGAUAAUAGAGGUACAAAACAUCUAAAUUAUGUUAAAAUAUGAUCACUACAUGCGAGAUUCUAUCGAUGGUUGACGUAGUUAUACACUAUAAGUUAGGUUAACAAAACACGCGAGAAUUAAUUUAUCUGAUGAAUGAUUAUUUAUAAAACAUUUGUCUAUAAAUUAAACCUUCCCAAGGGUAAAAUUAACCAUAUUUCUCGCCUUUGAAUAAUUUAUUUUAAAAGAUAAAUUGCUACUCAUGAAUAAUUGCAUGAUAAAUAGUGUACAUGCAUUACAUGGUCACUUGGAAUUUUUGAUUUCAUCCUCUUGGGGUUAAAAUCGAUCUCACUUCUUYRAUAUGCUCASUWGAAGGUAAAAUGGGUAUCUCUAUCYRCCAUGUAAAGUUUGCUAUUGAUGCAUGUCCACUUUUCAUACCUAGACUUUCGUCAUCAUGAUAUACAUCCUUUUCAUUGUAAGUAUAAUAUAGUCAUCCUUUGCUGUGGAUAAAGACAGCCCUGGUGUGAAAAAUUAAUUUUGAAAAAUCUGUGAAUAAAUCUUACCCAGCAUUGUAAUUAUCAUUACASAAACCUCAAAAUAUAAUGAAAAUAAACACAUGACAAAAGAAUUUUUAACCAAAUGAACAAACUAAAGAAGCAGAUGAAAAAGUUUAAUCUUUUUAUUUAUUAAAAGAUUUUAUUAUUUUCAACAAACUCAAGAUAUACUUUCGUACUUGUAAAAUAGUUGUCCAAUCUAUAUUAUAGCAAAAUAUUAAAACUAUGUAUUCAUGUUAUUAAUGUUGAUAUUAUUUGUACUAYAUGUACAUCUCAAGUUAUGAGCUGUAAUGAUUGUCAGUUACAUUUGAUUAAAAAGUAUAAUGUUACAGAAAAAUUACCCAGAUAAUGAUAGAUUGAUAGAUUAUAUACUCAGACAUGRCACUAAUCAUUGUGGAUAAUCUUCUUCACAGUUCAGUGUCUUUUUGAAUGGCAGCUGUGUCAAUCAUUGCUAUAGAUUGAUCACACUUAAUCCAUGGAACUGUACAAAAUCAAAGUAGUACUAAUUUGUACUAAAUGUAUUGAAUGCUUCAUUUAUAUCAGUUCAAUUUAAUUUGCGUACCACAUGCGCAAUUUACUUAAUACAACUAAAUAGCACUAUUUAGUUUGUACAGUUGCACGGAUUAAGUGUGAUCACUCUACCUUGAAGAUGGAACUGAAACUGUUGUUUGAUUAUUUGCCUUAAACUAUUAUAUUAAUUAUGUGCCUUCAAAUUGCAUGUGGUUUUUGAGUAUACAUUCUUGCUCGAUCUGUCAUGCAAAAUUAAUUAAUCUUAUUAAAAACCUCAAAAGUGAGAGUUCUCAAGGGCAACUUGUACUAAGGGUUGAUAGUAAUCUCCACCAGAAAAAUCAUUAUCCAGGAAAUAAAUUUCUUAUAAUAUCUAAGAAGUGGAUAACUAUCUGAUGGAUAACUUCUUUCACCCUUCAUUCAACCUGCCAUGGGAGUUUCACAUCCACCAUGAUUUGCAGCUUGAUUGCAUCCAAUAAWAUYGUGUAUAACAGAUUUYAACAGUUAACUUGUWYWUAGAAUAUUGUAUAGAAGACAGUAAACAAUAGAAACGUUUUUGUUGUUUUAUUUCAAGCUCCYUUGCUUAAAUAAAAAUGUAUACUGUUGGGUAAUAAAAGACAAUAUUGUUGUUGUGAUAAGAAUGGCCUAURUUAUGGAUGAUUAUUUAUUAAAAUAAUAUUAAUCAA